CACACUUGUAGCUGAACAUAUUGAGACCAAUGUAAAUGGGUAAAGCAGCACGUAGCCAGGAGAUCGCCUAGGUUACCGUCUCUUAGCAACAGACAGACAUUCACCUCCAGUCUGCUGGUUGCCAGGAGUAACGGUGAUGUUUGGAGCCAUUCUGUAUUUGAGCUUGGAGGAGAGAGGAACCGACAGAGUCUGACACACAAUGAUUGGAUUUGCUCUCAUCAAACACACGACUCUUGCACAUCUGGACUGCGGAAACUCCUGGAUCCUUUCCUCGGUGUCCUUGAACACUGUAAACUGAAAAACCUCCAAAAAGCUCAACUUUUGUCUCUGUUGCUGUGACAUUACCCAUAAUGCACACACCAGCUUCUAUAGUAACUGGCAUUGUCUUCGCUCCCCUGGGACUGGUGCUGGUGUUCACAGCAGCCAUCACUCCUCAGUGGCGGGAAGGCCAGGCUCGUCUGGGGAGGGUCGGGACCGGUGUAGGUGAAUCCAGAGGCAUCGAGCUCCUGCUCCUGCGCUCUGAUGGCCUGUGGGAAAGCUGUCUGCAGGUGGUACACUCCGAAUUACGGGAGUGCUGGCCUGUAUCUGGAGCAUACCAACACGAUUCACGUGUCCGUGCCACUCGGGGACUCGUGCUCACGUCUCUGUUCCUGUGUGGCUCUGGGAUUGUUCUUGCCAGUGUCGGUGCCCGCUGUUGGACGGACACGCCACUCAGAAAUGUAGCAGGAGCUGGAGGAUUGCUGGUGGCACUGGCGGGAGUGCUCAGCCUCGCAGCGUUGAGCAUCUACACUCAUCACUUGCCCAAACUGGCUGUGGAGCUUGUAUCAAACAUGUCUGACUUUCAAGGGCUUGACUUGCACAAGUUGCCCAGUCUGGCUUUGCGCCCUGCUGGUUCACUGUAUUUCGGGUGGGUUGGCGCAUGGGUGCAGGUGCUUGGAGGACUGGCACUGCUGUUCGGGGUCGGACGACCACAAUGUCCAGGUCGCACCAGAAGGGUCCAGAGAGAGAUCGUGAUGAAGGCUUACGAUGUCAGCUGUUAGAUAAAAACUUCUUUGUGAAAAGAGACAAUCAGGACUCUGCUGUAACACUGCUGUAACCGCUUGGAUCUUCAUACCGAAAGAUAACAUCUAUUUACUCUGUUAUGGCAUCACUACUUGGGGUGCCUCAAAGGGUUUGAAGCUGAGCUCAGGUUACUGUCUGUGUAGAGGUCUGCAUUUUCCCCUCCGAGGUCAUGUUGCUUUCUUCCAGGUUCUCUGUUUUUCUCCCACAUCCCAAAACCAUGCAGGUAGGAGGGCUGGCUAUACUAUGAGAGUGUGAAUGUGUAUAUGAUGGACUGGCCUCACAUGCAGAGUGAAUGAGAGUGUGAAUGUGUAUAUGAUGGACUGGCCUCACAUGCAGAGUGAAUGAGAGUGUGAAUGUGUAUAUGAUGGACUGGCCUCACAUGCAGAGUGAAUUCUCUCACCCUGACCACUUACUAAUGUCAACAAAACAACUAAAUGAGUCAGGAGCCUGUGGUAUCAUGUCUUGCUCCAUGUAGGUAGACAGGGCUUGCUGUGUGCUGGGAGUGUAGGCAGAGAAUAAAUACAACUGCCCUUCUGAACUGGCGGCUUUGUAGGAUAUAAUCCGAUUCAACUGACCAAAACACAUACUUUAGAUGAUAAUGGUAACUUUAGAAAGUGGGUCAGGGUUAGUAUUUAUUUGUUUGAAAAGCUUGGAUUUGUUCGAAAAUAAAUUGCACACGAAUCAGGAACUAGUCAUGUUUAUAUUCAUAUAAAUAAGAGCAAAGGAUAAAAAAAAUAAUAUUACAGAUAAUAAAUAAUAUUUUUCAGGUCAGAUUUGCACAUGAUUUUUUUUUCAGUCUCUAAACAAAGGUAUAAAUUAGCUCCUGGUCUGUAGGUAACAUUGGGAUAUUUUAUUACUUGAAAGCACAGAAUUAUUUAGUUAUUAAUUAAUUUAUUUAGAUUUUAUUUAUUUUUUAUUUUUUCAACUCAAAGGGCUUCAGAAGUGGAAAUAAAAUAUAGAGGCAGAGCAGAUGGAGCAAGGCAUGAUGUACUAGAUCCUGGUGAACGAUGCCGAGCUUUAUUAAAAGGAUCUCAUUUGUCAGGGCAUCCUAUUGAUCACAGAUCUAAUCAGAUAUAAAAUAUUAGCAGCAACACAACAAGAUAAUGCAAUAACAACUGAAAUGAAGGUCGUCACGACUUCCUGACAAGACAGAAAACAAAAGGAAUAUAGAGAUCCAAUGUAAACUGAUAUGAAUGUAAAUAUUAUGCUUUGCAUUCAUGUACAUGCCAAUCAAAUAUACCUAUACAUAACCUUUAUUAGCUGUUAUUAACCUUCAUGGGUUAAUCCUGGUCAGGAAAGCUGCUUCAUUCUUUUUCACAUCCAUCAGUUAUCUUUUGCACUUGCUAAAAACUAUGCUCAAGUCCCGUUCGUUACAGAGUGGCUAACAUAUUUAAGCUAAAAGUGUACUGAAAAUUAAAAAAUGAUGCUGUUGAUUGUAUUGAAAAGCUUUCCAGCCCACAUUGCACUGCUUGACAGUAAAGAAUCUUUCUUCUUCUUUUGGCUUUUCCCUUCAGGCGUUGCCACAGAGAAUCAUCUCUCUCCACCUAUCCCUAUCUUCUGCAUCCUCAACACUUGCACCCACUAGCUUCAUAUCCUCAUUUAUUCCAUCCAUAUACCUCCUCCUUGGCCUUCCUCUUUGCCUCCUGUCUGGCAGCUCCAUGUCCAACAUUCUCCUACCAAUAUACUCACUCUCCCUCCUCUGAACAUGUCCAAACCAUCUUAAUCUGGCCUCCCUAACUCUGUCCCCCAAACGUCCAACAUGAGCCGUCCCUCUGAUGUACUCGUUUGACAGUAGAGAAUACAGUGUAGAAUUAUUUCUAUUUUCACUAUCUGGUGUCACCAACCCUCUUGGUUCCUCAUGUCAUCUCAGGGCUUGCUACCAUUCCUUGCUUGCUCUCCAUUCCCUUCUACUAUUGUCUCUGGCUUGGUCAUUACAGAUAAAAUCUUGAAAUCUCUCUCUAUAUCUGGAUAUCUGUAAAGCUGCUUUGGGACAAUGUCCAUUUCUGAAAGCACUUUAUAAAUUAAAUUGAAUAUUUAAGACAUUAUUAAAUAUGGACGGUCCUCAGAUCUUCAUCACUGCCUUACUCACUUGAUGCUAAUUUCUCCAGUAUACUUUAUGCAAAUUUUUGUGUAGAGCUCGGAUCUCUUGCUCAUUCUCACCCUCCAGCCGGCUCUCUUUUAUCAUCAGCCAGAUAUCAGCCAAGAAGGGUGAAUGCUAACACUUUAUUUUUUGCAUCAUGGGGAGGUGUAACACACUCAGAGGAAAGUGUGAUCUACUCUCUUCUGGAUACAGUAGCUCACGGACACCUAUGAUUGGCUAGUUUUACAGUAACUGACAGAGGACAGAAACAAUACCAUCCCUCUCACCAAGACAGAAUGGCCAGUUUAGCUUCUUUGGCUCUCUGACUCUUGAUGUGCCUGUGAUAGGACACUUGCAAUUCAGUUCUGUCCCUCUGGGGCCUAUGGUGGUUAUUUUUGUAAUAAGGUGUGGUCAUGAAUUCAUGUAUAUAUAUAUUAUAUAAGGGUAUGAUAAUAUCCUCACUCAGUAAUAAAAUGAUUGGGACAUUGACAUCUAUGUUAGAUAUUUGUCUUAGAUAUUUCCACAGGAAGCUAAGCAGGGAUAAAGAUGACUGAUAAUACACUAUACUGUAUCUUCAUCAUUGAGCAUUUAAAGGCUUCAGCAUGGAGGAGUUGGUGUUGAAUCUAUACCUAUUUAUAAGUUGCUCAGGAGCUCCUGGUUACACGACUCCAGGAUAUUAUUCAUCAUCACACUCUCUGGUGUUCAUAAUGAUUUAUAAUCACACUCUCUGGUGUUCAUAAUGAUUUAUAAUCACACUCUCUGGUGUUCAUAAUGAUUUAUAAUCACACUCUCGGAUGUUUAUAAUGAUUUAUAAUCACACUCUCUGGUGUUCAUAAUGAUUUAUAAUCACACUCUCUGGUGUUCAUAAUGAUUUAUAAUCACACUCUCGGAUGUUUAUAAUGAUUUAUAAUCUCUCUCUGGUGUUUAUAAUGAUUAAUAAUCACACUCUAUGUCUGGUUCCUCGCAAGGUUUCUUCCACUGUCGCCUCAGGAUGGCUCAUUAGGGAUUAAUACAAAUAAAUUUAUAUAUAAGUCUAAUAUUAAUGACUUUUUAUAUGAUGCACGAUAAUAUACUGGAGUUGCUGGUGAUCAGGCCACAUUACCUUAAACAAAUUCUCAAAACUGUAUUUAAUUUUGCAUCAAAUAAUUAACUGGAGGCCGAUUAUCGAAUGCGACAUUUUCUGUCACGGUACACAAAUUGUUACACCACUCGCGGUCAUGCCUUCAGACCUUGUGGCUACAACAUAAUCAUUUGUGACCAUGCCGUAUUAAAAAUAACCACCGUGUCCUCGGGUUUGCUCAGAGAUGUUCUGACACUCUCUCCUUUUAGCAUUUCCGGUCCUGAUUUUUUAAACCUUUAUACACCAGCCCUGGUCUGGAAUCAGCUCUGGUCAUGUGACUGUAUAUGACUGAAAGCAAAAAUCCUAAUGAUAGAUGUGAGAAGAGUGAAGAAUGCAGUGUGAACAAUGCGUCUGUCUGGGUGUCUAUUCAUGUGUUAAUGGUAUGUUGUGUUUUUGUAUGAUUAUUGCUCACUGCUAUGCUGCUCAGACCAAUAGAAGCAAAAACAGAUAAAGAAUUGUAGAUGAUUUGUGCUGCUUGGUGGUGUAAUUCUGAAUGUAUUCAUUUCUAAUUUCACUUAGCGU